GACACACUCCUCUGGUGCUGCCCAUGUAUAUGAAGGAGGUGCGUAUUGCACUGGCAGAGGGGUUGGAGGGACUCGAUCAGGGCCAGUUCGAGGACGCCUGUGCUACAUUGGGGGGGCAGAUCGAUGAACUGGGCCUCAGGAACCUUUUCAUCUUUCAAGAUAUCACCAUUUUGAAUAAGCAAGAGUUGAUUGAAAAGUGUCACGAAUACAUGGAGGUGAAGCCAAUCUACAUGUGCCUGAAGAGCCAGGGUGAUGAAAUCAACCUCUACCAGCACCUUGACUUUGAGACAACCGAGCCUCCUACUUUACAGAGAAAAGCAGCAAGACCCCCACCUCUACCCCCUAAACCACAACAUUUACAAAUAGCUAGACACAAACUUCCACCCCUUUCUCCAUCAUUGGAGAACAAUUCCCAGUUCUACUCUGGCGGCUCAUGGCAUCCACUCUUCUGCUCCUUAGCAGAGGUGCCCUCUAAUCUACGGGACCUGAGUGUGGCACAGGUGUGCUCCUGCCUGCGACUGCUCAACUUGGACCAGUACUGCCAGGCCUUCGAGAGGGAGCAGAUUGACGGGGAUCUGUUGUACACAGUUGAGCCCAGCAUGAUGAGGGAGACCCUGGGUAUGGAGAGCCUGCACGUGGGCAAGCUUCUCCGCUUCCGAGAGGGCUGGAGGCCCUUACUUGGGUCUUCUGGAGCUGAGCAGGUUGGGUAGUAAUGGAUUAUCUGUAAUGGGGAUUAUAAUCAGAUUAUAAAAAUUUCAUUGGCAAUCUAGGAUCCAAACAACACUAAAGCGAUCAUAGAAGUGACAUUUUGUACUCUUGUGCUGGAUGGUAAAUUAUUUACAUAUUUUAUGUUAGGCUAAGUACCAUUUACAUUAGUAAUGGCUAAAGUGUCAUUCAGAAUAAAGGCUACUUUUUGGAGUAAUUCCUGCUGGGAAGCAAACAUUCAUCCACACAGCAUGAUUAAAAGCACAGGUUUCAGGCCAAUAGCCUUGUCCCGUUGUCACACCACAGGGCCGGUGGAGUCACAGACGUCAUUGACAUUUUCAUUUCCAUUGUCAAAAUGUAAUUGACUUUCAGUCAUUUCAUUUACCACAACUACAGCAAUUCGAUACAGAAAUAAAUACCUACAUGAGGUCCAAGAAAAUAAACAUAACAUACAUUUUAUGGCCAACAAAAAGCAUGCAAAACAAAAGAAGGCACAAGGAUCUAAGCUGCACUACAUGACCAAAAGUAUGUGGAUACCCCUUCAAAUUAGUAGACUUGGC